GUGGUGGAAUGGUGACAACGACCGCACUCAAUCUCUUGCUGCAUUUGAAGAAAAAAACCAACCAACAGGGAAAAAGAAGAAAGAAAAGAUUGUUGCUUUCUUCUUCAAUAGAAAAUUUCAUUCCCUUGUGUAGAUGGGAGACCAUUUUGUGUUGCUUGUGGACCGGCUGCUGACUGAAUCAACCCUUGAAGCUGCUAUUGAGAGUAGUAACCAAUCAAAUCAAGGCAUGCCCUCAGCAAACAAACAUGAUACAAUCGACUUGUCAUCUUGUAGGAUGGAUGACAAUGUUGGUUCAUCUCCAAGUAAAUUGGUGGAAUGUAGGAUUUGCCAUGAUGAUGAUCAAGAUUUGAACAUGGAGAUACCCUGUUCUUGCCGUGGCAGCUUGAAGUAUGCUCACCGCAAAUGCGUUCAGAGGUGGUGCAACGAAAAGGGCGACAUCAUAUGCGAGAUUUGCCACCAGCAAUUUAAGCCUGGUUAUACAGCACCGCCUCCUUUAUUUCAUUAUGGAAGUGUUCCUAUGAACUUCAGAGGGAAUUGGGAAAUAUCCAGGAGAGACCUGCCAACUCCUCAUUUUAUAACAGUGGUCACUGAUGAUAGUGAUUUUCUGGAAUCCGACAUUGAUGAUUACUCGGCUCCCAGCCCUCGAAGCCUGAUAUGUUGUCGUGUCGUCGCUUUAAUUUGUAUGGUUCUUCUGGUUAUGCGCCACACUCUUCCGAUCCUAAUCAGUGGCGCUGGAAACUAUUCUUUGACAUUGUUCAUGUUAUUAAUGUUGCGACUCAUUGGGAUUGUGUUGCCUAUAUAUCAUGGUUAAGGCAUUUACUGCUAUCCAACGUCGCCGACACCUUCAGGAUCCUCGGUUUUCCCUUGAUGCAUCUGACGAAGAAGGUGAUUUAUCGCAACUGCAGCAGCCGCCGUCACGUUUGAUUCAAGUACAUUAAUCUAGUCGUUGUGCUGGAUCAUAUGAAAGAGAACUCGUAGAAA